ACAAUCGCAACCGUCGCAACGCAUGUAGCGUCUCCUCAACAUGUAUAAAAACGAGCAGUUUCGUUUUCCUUGCACUUUUCUGCACUCGAGUCAUUUGUUCCUUCUCUUUUCAACGUCUGAACAUACGUUUAAAAUCUCGUUUCUAGCGCGAAAAGACGCUUGGGAGUGCAGAUAAAGGAAACGAACCUAUCAUCACAUUCAUCGCCACUGCGACGACUCGGCGAGCCAAAUUACCGACGAAGUUCUCUUACAUCGUUCUUAGAUUUCGAUUGUAACUCUGUUCUCUUGAAGAGAGAAAAAUGCUUUAUCCUUGUUAAUUAAAGCUUAUCUAUCGGCUUUUUGUUACAUCGUUACAUGAAAGGGAUGUCUUGGUGCUGUGGUCACCUUCGAGUGUAUUGUUUUGUAAACAACAGAGGACAGGAACUCAGUCUGAACUGACACGUCGAUUGUUAAUCAACAGAUUAAUAACUCGUAGUUCUGAUCACGUGUAUGUACGUAUAUACCUUUUCAUGCCGAAUCUGAAAGUGUAAACAGUUUCCUCGUCAUCCUUUGUUUUCGGUUAAUAAUCACGAUAUUGUAAUCCCAAAACGCGUAAUAACAGUGAAGGGUGCAGCUGGGUCUAAAAGUUCGUUAGAGGUCCAUCGACAGUGAAUGUUUACUGUCAAUAUAGUAAAGCAUGUUUGGAUCACUACGUAGCAAGUUUCAGACAGUGCAAGAAGGUAUAUCUGCUAGUAUACGUGGAUUGUCCACCGAGCAUCCAAAGAUCAAAAAGUCAACCAAUGUAAGGAAUGUAAAUUAUGAUGCUGGGGCAGACGUUCUGCAUCACUUUCAAUUACAGUGGAAUGAGCUUCAUGAGCUUGCGGAAGAGAACGCAGGAAAGGCUCAGGAAGCGGAUGCGUUGAUAUCUUCCAUUUACGAGAAACUUCAACACGAGUGGAACAAUGUUACCUGUUUAAAUAGCACAUUAGCUUACAUUCCAAAGAUUAAUAAUGCGAUUCAAGAUCUUAUGGACCAAAUAGGAAAUUUACAAGAAAUGUUUGAGGAGGUUGAAGGAGCUUUGUAUCGAUUGGAAGACCUAAACGAAAUGUUAGAUUUACAAAGUAGACAGCUGGAUCACAGAUUCCAGUUGGCUUUAUACAAAGAGAAGAAAUUGAUAGAAUUAAAUAAUUUCAAAGGAAAGUUGGCUAACGAGCACACGGAAAGACUCUCGCAACAUGAAUUAAAUCACCAAAAGAAAUUGAAGGAACGGCGGGAAACUUUCGAAGAAGCUUUUAAAGAGGAUCUUGAAGAAUACAAAGCAACUGGCUCUAUACCAAAGUUACCAGUCUCUGCACAAGGCCCAUCUUUGGACGAGAUAGUAUUGGACAUUGAUUCAAAAAUAUUUGAUGAGUUUUUAGAGAAUUAGAGACAGAAGAGUCAGAACUAUAUUCAAAAAUAUUGCUAGUAAACUUUGAAGAUGUUGCGUACUAAGGAGCAUAACUUUUAACUGCAUUUCUUACAAUUAGAUAUUAGGGCUGUGACUUGGACAAUUUAAACUUUUUAAUAUAAAGUG